UUCUUGCGCGAUACCAACUGUGUCCCGUUUUUGUUCGGCGUUGUGUUGUAUCUGAUUGCCUUCUCAAUUACCUGAUUUUUUUUAGCAUUCUUGAUGUCUAUUCUUAGUUCUUAUUGAUGAUUUUUUUUUUGUGAUCUCCAAGUCUGCGCUUAGAUUGUUAAGUUUAUCUCCAAAUUACUCUUAGCUUUUUUUUUUAUCGAAUGCUACCAAAAGCCUAUUGUUUCUUAUUUCCAAUCUUGCUAGUUUGUUUGAGUCACAGAAGUGGGAUCAGUUUCCUAUUAAGUUUUUGCACUCGAAGUGUUUCUUUUUAAGUCUAAUCGAACUGAAUUUUACUUUUUCUUGGCUUGCUACUUGCUUUCCUUCUUAAACAAUAAGUUUCCUUCUUGUUACCUGAUAAGAAAUCACCAUAAUUACUUGUACUACGUUUCAUAUACUCGUCUUUCUAGGUUGUGCUAUCCAUAUGAUCUCAAAAAAUGGUUAUUUAUUAAUAAAUGAAAAUGUGUUAUAGAUCUAUAGUAAUGUUAGUACAGGAUUGAUGAAUGAUACUUGACGAAAAGUAGAACAGAGAGACGUAUCAGUCUUGGAAUAACAUGGUUUGAGGAACUAUCAGAUCUAGAUGCUAAUCUGUUUCUGCACCAUCAUUCACAACCUCCACAUAUUCAUGAGGCGUCCUGUUUAUAUAAUUUUUCAAAUUUAAUUCCAUUAUCUGUUUCUAAGGUUUGAUGACGAUGAAUUGCAGAUAUCCGUUUCUUUUCUAAAUGAAUGUAUUCAUUAAUGUUUUUAUUAGCCAAAAAUGACGGAAUUUUCAUACAUAAUAUUUUAUGUUCUCAUAUUCCAUAUUCUCCGUGCAAUGCCAAUCUCAUAUGUAAAUUGCUGCCUCCAAUUUACUGGAAAGAAUAUGUCACUGUUCUAUGCAAUUUCCUAUCGUUCCCUUAUUGUGCUUUCAUCAUGUUCCAUAUACUCCAUGCAAUGGUAGUCUCUUUAGCCCGUGGGUACAGUGUGAUAGUUAAAUGUAAGAUGGGCUCUUAUGCAACGAGCGUUUGAAUCUCUCAUAUAGGGUAAAUCAUACCCCCGUGGUGUUCGAACCACUUGUUAUGUUGGUCAUGAUGUUGGGCUGUCCGCCAAGACUUAUUUAUGCUUUUCGGAUUUAUCAUGGUAAUCGACAGAAAAUUUCCAUAGAUCAGACUGGUCACCGAUUAGUGAAGAGUUGGAUGCCUGAAUAUAUAUAUAUAUAUAUAUAUAUAUAUACUCCAUGCAAUGCUAGUCUCAUCCAUAACUAACUGCCUCCAAUUUUCUGGAAAUAUUGCUCCAUAUGUGCCAAUAUCCAAUUGACCUACGAUAAUCUUCAGUAUACACUAGACUGCACUGGUGUUAGCUGCAUCUUCCAACUGUUUUCCUAGUUGUUGUUCUGAUUAAACUAUUUUAUUCUAUUACAUUGAAAUUAUGGGGUUCCUUUUUAGAUUUCUUUUUCUCAGGACUGAGUUCAUCAUCCGUUGCUUUCAGUGAGUCCAAGUUAGGAUGAGUGCACGCAAGGCCCUUCUAUCAGCCAAUAAUGAGAAGAGUGCAAAAUCUGUAAUUUCUAGCCCCGACCCUUUUGAUUCUGUUUCUGACUUUGAAGCUGAUCGAAGCAGCAAACCUACUACUGCUGCAUUCUCGAGUUUGGGAUUUUCAGCAACAAAGGCCAGAUACAAGAAUGACUUCCGUGAUUCAGGUGGCAUUGAGAACCAAUCUGUUCAAGAACUGGAAAAUUAUGCUGUAUACAAGGCUGAGGAGACUACAAAUACUCUAAAUGGCUGCCUUAGAAUUGCUGAAGAAAUGAGAGGAGAUGCUUCAAAUACUCUUGUAAAAUUGCAUCAACAAGGCCAGCAAAUUACUAAGACUCACCAAACGGUUGCAGAUAUUGAGCACGACCUUAGUAGGGGUGAAAAGCUUUUAGGAAGUCUUGGCGGCUUGUUUUCUAAGACAUGGAAGCCAAAGAAAACACACAGAAUUAAGGGACCUCUUCCCGUUCAAGAUGAUUUUCAUACAAAAGGUAGCCACCUGGAGCAGAGACAGAAAUUGGGAUUAGCUACUGCUCCACCUCGAUCAGAACCUCGUCAUUUUUCCUCUGAACAAGCUUCUGCACUUGAGAAAGUCGAGCAUGAGAAGGCAAAGCAAGAUGAUGUGCUUUCAGAUUUGAGCAACAUGUUGGGCGAGCUGAAAAGUAUGGCUAUCGAUAUGGGUUCUGAGAUGGAGAGACAGAGCGUGGCUUUGGACCGAAUGCAAGACGAUACGGACGAGAUACAUGCGAGGGUUAAAGGUGCAAGCCAGCGAGGCCGUCGAUUGCUGGGAAAAUAAUCUCUUUUUUUUUCCUUUUGAGAAAAAUUUACGAGUAGAUGACUUGUAAUAAUAUAAUUCUGGUGCUCAUCUUCUUGGCAGUCUCAGUAUAUUGUGUACCACUGUAAUUGUUUGAUUCUUUUUGCUUCAAUCGCAAAAUUUAUUCAGUCUCGUUUACUCAA